AUGAAGCUUUUAUGCUUCGGUCUGAACCUCUUCCACCAUAAUAAGGUCUUUUUGAAUGAAUGUAAUGGUGCAUUGACCUUGGAGUAUGAAAGAGCGCUUAAGGAUUUCAAUGAACUAAAUGAUAAAUUGCACCACGACCACCUCAUCAGAAUUCAAGAAAACAUCAAGAGUGAUCCAGCCGCAUUUUGGAAAUUUGCCAGAAUCAAUGGAGGCAUCGACGCAUAUCCGAAUCAGAUGAGUUAUGGUGACAGAGUGGGUAGAACGACGAACGAAAUUGUGGAUUUGUUUGCGGAGUAUUUCGAAUCUAUUUAUGUCAAUGAUGAAGAACAAUGGGAAUUCGACGACGUUUUUGUAGCUUCUAGCGAUUCGGUUGAUAUUGAAGUAUCUUUGUUUGAUGUAGAGAAUGCAAUACAAUCGUUGAAGUGGAGCAGUGGAGCUGGGCCAGAUGAAAUUAAACCGUUUGUAGUGAAAAAGUGUUCAACUGCAUUCGUAUGGCCUAUUUGGUUAUUAUAUCAAAAGACGUUCGACGAGGGCAAAAUACCGGCUGCAAUGAAGAUGUCGAGAAUUGUACCGGUAUACAAGAGGAAAGGUGAUAGGGCGGAAGUUAAAAAUUAUAGAGUCGUUGCGAUUCAACCGAUAGCAAUGAAAGUGCAAGAAAUGGCAGUCAAGUGCAAAACUGGACUAGUGGUUCAACCGCGACUAUCAGAUGUGCAGCAUGGUUUUCGUAACAAAAGAUCUGUUGUAACAAACUUAUGGAAUUUGUCAGUACUGGCGUAUGAUGCAAUCGAGCGACGUUGUCAACUGGACUUAUUUUACGGUGACUUUAAGGCGGCAUUUGACAAGGUCUGGGUACGGAAACUGAUAAUAAAGUUCGCUUCAUUUGGUGUUGGCAAAAAACAGCGAGAUGGCAAUAUUUAG